AAUCUAGAUCUAGAUCUAAAAUUUAGACGUCUAUGUUAAGAUUCUAAAUUCUAAAAGAAAUAUGGAGACGAAAUUGCCCCAAAAGAAGUACUUUCGUCAAAGAGCUCACAGUAAUCCAAAUUCAGACCAUAAUUUAGACUACCCUGUUUGUCCUGAUUCUAUGGACUGGUCCCAGUUCUACCCUGUUCACUUUGCUCAGAAGAAUAAAGAUUCAAACAAGGAUGGAGAUAUAGAUGAUAAAGAUGUUACAAUCAAUAAAAAACAAGUGGAGUAUGCUGAUAUUGGCUGUGGUUAUGGAGGAUUGUUAGUGGCACUGUCAUCAAUGUUCCCAGACACACUUAUGUUGGGAAUGGAAAUACGAGUUAAAGUCAGUGAUUAUGUUCAAAAACGAAUUGAAGCCUUAAGACUACAACAUCCUGGUCAAUAUGAAAAUAUUGCUUGUAUUAGGUCAAACGCAAUGAAAUAUUUACCAAAUUUUUUCCACAAAGCUCAGCUUUCAAAAAUGUUUUUCUUGUUUCCCGAUCCACACUUUAAGAAAGCAAAGCACAAAUGGCGCAUUGUCAAUAAAACCUUAUUGGCAGAAUACGCAUAUGUUUUAAAAGUUGGGGGUUUAGUCUACACAAUAACAGAUGUUAAAGAUCUUCAUGUUUGGAUGGUGGAGCAUUUCACAAACUUUCCUUUGUUCACUAGAGUUACGGAUGAGGAAUUGGAAAAUGAUGUUGUGGUUGAUAAAAUUUAUAACAGCACAGAGGAGGGUCAAAAGGUGACUAGGAACAAAGGAGACAAGUGGUUAGCUGUCUUUCGUAGAAUAGAAUAUAUUCCAUCUUAGCAAUAAAUCUUAUUUUAAAAUUGUUUAUUUUAACCAAAUAAAGCUUAUAAUAAAAUCUGUUGAUUGAAAUAGUGUUUUAACUUAAUUACUUCUUUGGGAAAACCUUAAAAUGUGUGACUGUUUUUUUCAGUUAGCCUAGCAUCUGACUGGAGUUUAGGUCGCAUAUAAGAGCUUUCUGUAAUAACCCCUAUCUUUCUUCUGUCAUCCUCCAGAUCACAUCACCGUGACUGGCAUGCCAUAAAGAAAAUAAAUAACCUCCCUAAAAGAUAAAAUAAAGUUUAAUGAGCCAACAAAUGUGGCCUUAAGCACAGAACAAAAGAUAAUACAAGUGAUCUUGUAAGAGUGAAGUCAAAAUGGUAUACAUAGAAAAUACAACUAUUACACUAUGGUAACAAAUGAUGUGAAAUAUUUUGUCCAGUAUAUCACAUAAACCAACAUAGUAAAUGUCUAUAACUAUUUCUAAGAUUUAAAAAAAAUUAGCUCUAAUGGUCUAAACUAAAAAUCUUACAAAGUUGUUGAUU